CUUCGUGUUUUUAUUUUUUAUCUUUUCAAAGCUAAUCUCUACAUGCAGUCAUAAGGAAACAUCAAAGCCCUAAAAACAGGAAUAAAAAGAGUCUUGUAAAAUGUGACGUUUCAGCCCUCCACCCACACCCAACAGGUUUUAGUGCAACUUUAAUGGCCAUUGCCAAUAAAAAGAUUCCUUGUGUUUGCACGUUAUAACAGCAUGACAAUAAAACGAGGAAUGGAAUAAAAUCAGGGGUGGAAGGACCGACAGGGUGUUGCCAGGAACAGGUAAAUAAAACCUGGAGAGGAAAGAAAAAAAGUUAUUUUGGGGCAGAGAAGUUGUAAAAGUGUCCUGUGGGGUGUUUAAGAGUGGCUGAGGAUUCGGACCGCCUUUCAUAUGCUCACAUUCACACGCACUGAUCACAGCAGGGAAGACUGACAAGAUAAAAUAAUAUACAGAAAGUUAAAGGUUUACCUGAGAAGACCAUCGAAAUGAAGUUAAUGAUCAGUAUCGCGCUUUUAUUUUUGCUGCCCUCCUGUGCAAGCCAAACAUCAGUCGUCUACAUUGAGUCCUCUCCCGAACCACUUGAUGGUGUAAUCCAGACUAAGACUAAAGAGACAGUGUCUCUGGUCUGUAUUCUUACUGGCACUCAUGAGGAUAAGGAGUUGGUGUGGCUGAGGAAUGACGCUAUGAUUAAACUGAAUGAUGGAAACAAGGAGACUAGAAGCAGUGUGUGCAUCGAACCUGUCAUCCAAAAGGAUGAUGGCGCCACGUUCACCUGUCAGCUGAAGAGCAAUUCCUCCCAUUCGGCCUCCGUCACCCUCAAUGUCACAUAUUCCGCAGACCUCUCUGGUUCAGAGAAAGUUACAUUAGAAGAAGAGGAAUCACUGGACCUGCAAUGUGACAUGAGGGCCAAUCCUUUGGCAACGUCAGUGACGUGGCAACUAAAUGGAACCUUGGUGGAUCUAUCGACAGGUGGCUUCAUUAUAACCAACGACGGCAUUAACACCAAGCUAUAUGCCAAGAAAGUGGACAGAAGCCUGCAUGAAGGCAGCUACCAGUGCACGGUAACCUCUCCCAGCCAUGAACCGCGCAGCAAGACUUUCCAAGUCACUGUCACAGAUAAGACCAUAAAGUUCCCGCUGAUGCCGACGAUUGCGGGAGUGGUGGUGGUGGCCCUCACAACUCUUCUCGCCAUAGUUUCACGGUGGAGGGUGAUUGCAAAGUGCUGCAAAUAAGUGAUCUGAAAGAACCUGGUCCUGUCAUGAAGUGAGACCUUCGACGAAGCUUUCUGCGUGGUGCAAGAGAUUUUGAUCACCCAGUUAUAUGGCUUUUUCUUAUUUAAUUUCUGACAUUUUUGGACUUUACCCAAAGCUAAACUCUCUCCCCACCUAAUUAGUAAACAAAUAAAUAAGAUAGUUGUAUUUCCUGGAAGAACUGAACAUGUAAGUCAGUAAGUUUUAAAUCGUAUUAAGUUAUUUCAGUUUAAUUUUAAUAGAUUCAAACAAGAUUUGUUAUUCUAUUGUGUUUCCAUUAUUAUUUUCUUUUUAGUUCAGGCUACAAUCAUCACGUUGUUCCCUUGUUUCUGGGGAAGACAGAAGAGUUGGCUUUCCCACACUAACAGCUCAAUAAGCAUUUUUCCUGUGCUAAAUAUUCAAAUGUAUGUCAAAAUGUACAAACUUGUGUAUACUGUAAUUUAUAUAGUAAACACACUGUAAUGAGGGAUUUCAGAAUCAUGCAAUGAGGCAUUAAAUGUAGUAUAACAGAAGAAAUAAACCUAUUUAUCUGUUCCACAAAGAAAAAACCCCCAAAAUGAUUCACAAAGUUGAACAAUUUUAAAAGAAAUACAAUGUAAAUAUGGAGUCAGCAGAGAAAGAAAGGAUUUAACUUAACUUAAGAUGAAUGAGUUUGUGUUUGAUGCUUGGUUAGGACAAAAAAACAAAACUAAAUUCAAAAUAAAGCUAUGUUAAAUUUUGGUUUGGAAUUGAACUGGGUUUAUUCACUCUAGCUUAGGUGACAUAAACAUUGACAACUUUUGAUGCUAGCAAUGAUUUAAUACCAAAUUCAUAUCCUGACCUGUUAUUUAGAGUUGACAGUUAAAUUAAGAAACCUAUUUCCAAAAAAUCACAAAACUUUGUAUGUCAAAAAUGUUUUUUUUUUUAAAAAAAAAAAACUAUUAACUCUUUAUUUUUAAAUGAAGGAAAAGCAUUUCUCUUAAAACACUAAGCACUUUUUUGAAUUUUUAAAUAUUUAACAUGUUUAUCAAUGCAUAUGUGUAUCUUAAUGUUGCUUGUCAAUUGUCGUCAUAUGUAUAUAUAAUUGUAUAAUGUAUAAGUACAAGUACUCCUAUUUCUUUUUUCGUACAAAGUACAGACAUAAAUCAGUGAUUCUCAAGAAGUUAUGCUAUCAGCUAAAGGACAAAAAAUCAGUAGCUCUCUGAUUGUUCAGAUAACUUUUAAAGCCUCACCUCGUGUAAUAGCAUCCGAAUUUAAUUCAACCACCAUAACAUAUUUCGGUGUCUUGUAAAGCGUUAUUUUUGAAUCUAAUUUCUCUGAGGUUCACAUGUCUGCUGAACUUUAGCUUCUGACUCAACAAUAAAGCCCAGGCUUGUUAAAAUCAUGUUAUACAUUUACUCUUAAUGUGACAAAAGGACAGGGAUUAUGAGGUUGUGUGGUUCAAGGUCUGGAUCUUUGUUUUCCUGCCCAUGAAUAAACACUCUGGAGGGUUACAUGAAAGAAGGCAACGCCAGCUGCUCUGAUGUAAACCACGUGUUGAUUAAAUAAACAAAACUGAUAUAUACA